AUGGACACACCAGCUCCUGGUGUUGUGAAGGACUCUCAGCGCUCUCUACCCAACGUCACUCCCAAAUCGGCCAACUUUGGGUCUCCUCUUGCCACACAAAAUUCGUGGACAGCACCUCCACGCCGUCGUCCCGUUCAGCAGAAAGCCAAACCCUCGUUCCUUCCUGACGAGUACGACGAGGAUGGCGAGGACGAGGACGAGGAACACGAUGAUUUCGUGGACGACACUCAAGAUCAUCCCGCCUCUGGUCCCGACCUCGACUCCAUGUCCCUUGAUCGCGAUUCCGGGCAGAGUGAAGAGGACGAAGCGGACGAGGGCGUCUAUAAUCAGUCGCCCACGCCUUGUGCUUCCCAAGCUGCUCAUCUGCCACCACAGUCAGCCCAGCCCGUACAAAUGAGCAGCAUGUUAGCGUCAUCUGAUACGUCCAGCGUCUUCGAAGCCCUGAAGGAGCAGUCCGUGGCUGGAGGAAUUGCUAAAGGUCCUUCUAGGGUGACACAAUCUUCUGAGCCAUCCAAGCAGAUGCAGCAGCAAAAGGGGCCAUCGGCUAAACGAGGCAAGACUGCCAGAGAGGGCAUCAAAGAGCCGCCCGCCAAAUUAACGGCGCCCAAACCCAAGACAACCGCCAAGAAGUCUUUUGUCAACAGUAAAGCGAAGCUGUCCGCUCUCGAAGUGGAAAUAGAGACGGACACUGGAGAGGCGGAUGUCCGUGAGCCCGUUGAUUAUGACUAUUCCCUGCCAGCAUCAAACAGCAACUCUCCUGCAGCUCCUCCCGCCAAGAAGAGAGCUGCGGCUAAGAAGCAGCCGGUGAAGAAGCCUGUGCCCAAGUCUAAAUCGAACGCCGCACCAAAGGCAAAAUCACUCGUCAGGGGCGCCACCAAGAACGCAAAAUCAAAAGAUUCUCCACCGGUUCAUCAAAGCUCCGAGGCACAUCCAUGGGACGGGGAAGACGAUCAAGCUACUACGCUUGUGGAAAGAGACAACACAAUCCCUCUAAUUAAACAAGAGGUAUUGAAGUCAAGGGUGGCUUCCACUGUGGAUCCAACACAAGACGCCGUUCUGAUAUCUUCCGAUUCAACUUCUUCAUCUUUGGAAUCCGACAACGAGGAUGACGAGGACUUUGAAUGCUCCCUAAACAUGAUUCCCAGGAACUCAGGCCGCAAAACGAGGGCCGCUGCUCAGAUGCAGGCAGCCAAAGGUUCCGGCAGGAAGAUCGAGAGUCAACCAGCUGCAAUGACGAACCCACGGGGCCGCGCCGCUGAAGAGGUACAAGAUUCCCUCGAUGAUUCAGGGAGACAAAAUGCACAGUCGAAGCAGCAAAAGAAGACGUCAGCAGUUGAGAAGACCCGGGCUGCCCUAACGCGUGACAAGCCUACGGCAGAGCUUAUGAAGGAAACGGAUUCUUCUGCUGCGAAGAUCAAGACAAAGUCAGCUGUUCGACGUCAGCCUGUGGUCAACAGCACCUCAAAGAGCAAGGGCCAGGUCAAGGAGGACACCGUUGUGCCUUCCUCCACCAAACAUGCUAAAGCAAGUAAAACGAAUGGCCUUGACCAAAGUGGCGAACCAUCGAAAUCAAUAGAGGACUCCCAUCGCAAGCCGAACAUUGUUACAUUUGGUCCUAACGGCCCUAAGACCAAUGGCAAGUCGCACAGGUCAACCACCACCGGCAAGUUGCGGCCACAAGGUCAGCAAUCUGAAUCAAACCAUGGAAAGCAUCCCAGAGUCCCAAAGACGCAGCUCGCCAUAGAGGGUCAGAAAGUCUUGGGAUUGCAGUCUGCUAUGGCUGUCGAAGAUGGUGACGGUCCUGCGGAGGGUUUCGCAGGUACUGCUGAAGGUGGGUCGCGCCGAGCGGCACUGACAAGCCAGGCUAUAUUUGCACGAUCUAUUCCAGGCAAUGCUUCCCACUCCAAACUCAACGCCGAGGAAAUGGUGCCGCACCUGGAUGAAGAGAUGACAGGCAGCACCUACGGAAAUGACUACAGUAACACAUCUGAUCAACUCAUUGGUGGCAAUGCCAAGGCUGAGAUGGCAGUGGAAGAUGUAGCCGAUGCCGUUGUGGUAUUGAACCCGCACAACCAUCAAAAGCAAGAAAUUGCGACCGACUUCAAGAAGCCUGAAGACAGAAAGGUCCGCAACACUUUCGCAGGUACUGAUAACGAGCUCCCGCAGACACGUGGACAGCGCAUCGUGCUCAAGGACAUGAGUACCAACAGUCGAACCCUCCUCACAGAGGCGCCUGCAGACGUCCGCCUUCCACUGAAACGCAAGCUUCCAGAAGAUGUCAAUGUCCACGAACCUCCACUAGUGCAGCACUCACCGAUGAGGAAGAGCAGCUCACAGUCAGGGGUUUUUCACACAUUGGGCCAGAACCCAACCGCCGCCAACUUGCCCUCAAGAAACCGUCAGCGGCCGGAGAAGAAGCCAAGAUACAGUUCCGCCCAAGUGGUAGGACAAAUUAAAGACGCGAUCUAUGCCACCAAGCAUGUUGACAGAGGAGGUAACGUCUCCUGCAGAAUAGGUGGUGACAGUGGUGAUGAUGUUUUCGGACCAGAAAAGGAUGAUCAACCUUUUCGUUCGUCUGCGUUCGUCCAGCGUUUGAUCAGCAAUGAGUCGACAGACCGUGAGCCAGAGAAAACAGAAGUGGCAGCACCGAGCCUGAUUGAUGCUCGUGCUGCCUCCCGACAAUAUUCCGCUGCGAUCCGGCCUUCAGCUGCCAACAGACCCGCAGCUGCAGAGACUGUGUCACACCUUCAGGACGGCCAACAAUCAGAUGACAUUGUCCAGAGAGUGCUGGCUGCAUUGGCGCCGCGGGAAGAACGGUCUACUAGCCCAUGCCCCUCGAGCGAGGACCACGUGAAGAGCUUUGACGUCGACAAAGGGACAAAUGCGUGGCUCGACGACUCGCUGGAUCAGAGAGCGGCCGCCGAGUUGAACGCUAGAACGCGAGCUUGGAAGAAGGCGACAGAGCCGUACGCUGACAGCAUUGCAGAAACUAUGCACAGGAUCGUCAAUACCAUUCUGCGAAGCCUCAAGACAAAAGAGGCGGCGAUUGUUGACGUGAUUGAAGAUUAUCGAACGGAUGGCAAGCGAGUGGUCGAGAGAAUGGCAGACAAGCACAGGAAGGAAAGAUCACAGGUUAUACAGCAGCAAGAGCAGAACCGGUUGAGAUGUAUCCAGACCUAUGGCGAAGCUCGCCGUUUUGCUGGGGCACUUCAGGACAAGCUGGAGUCAGUUGACGUCGGGAAGACGAUUAACAACGUGGGAAAGGAUGCAACGACCAAUCACUUGAAGCAAUUGCAGCAGGCAAUUAUAGACACUUGA